CCACCCACGUAAGAUUUGGUUCCAAUGGGCUAGAGCCUAUAUAUAUAUAUGCAUCUAAAAGACCGGGGCCAUAGAUAUCCAUGUACUCAUCGCGUGCAUACAUCGUCGCCGAAAACUCGUCCGGAGAGCAGAGCAUCCAAAUGUUUGACCCAACCAGGAAUGAUUUUGGCAGAUAAUUGCAUUUAUCAGACCUGAAUACAUCAUGGACUUAGAAGCAUUGCCAAUGAGUUGUUUAAAAAAUGGAGAGGCUGAGCACAAUCCUUAUACUCAACAUAGAGUCCUCGGUUCGGAGUGUGAGUGUGAUAGUAGAAGAAAUAGAGACCUCGGUUCUGUUGGAAUCAACAUUUCUCCUUGCCAGGGUGGAAAUUGUGGGGAAGAAAGAGUUUCAACUGCACCAAUCAGUGUCAGAGAUAGAGCCGAAGACAUGGUUGCGAAUAUCAAGCCAGAUGUUAAAUCUAAAAAAGCUAGACAACAGAAAAAAAUGACAUUGGAAGAUAUGUACAAUAACCAGUAUGAUUUUGAUGAUGAAGAUGAUGAUAGUGAUUGGGAGCCCGUACAAAAACCUGCAGCAGUUGUAAAGUGGUUUUGUGUCAAUUGUACGAUGGUCAACCUUGGUGAUGAUAGCCAUUGUGAUAUAUGUGGAGAACAUAAAGAAUCAGGAAUCCUUAAGCAUGGAUAUUUCGCUUCCCCUUUCUUGAAAGAAGCAGGUCUUUCUCAGAAUGAGUUAGAAGUAAAAGAAAGAUACAAAGAUCCAUGCUCACAAAUUUCAGAAUCAGGCAAAUUUACUGCUGUAGGGUUUGAUGAGAGAAUGUUGCUUCACUCAGAAGUUGAAAUGAAGUCACAUCCACAUCCUGAAAGACCUGAUCGUCUUCGAGCUAUCACAGCUAGCCUUGCGACUGCUGGUAUAUUUCCCGGACGAUGCUUUCCAAUUUCUGCAAGAGAAAUCACAGAAGAAGAACUGCAUAUGGUUCACUCCUUGGAGCAUAUUCAAUCUGUAGAGCUUACAAGCCAACUUCUCGCUAGCUACUUCACACCUGAUACAUACGCGAAUGAGCAUUCAGCACGUGCUGCUAGGCUUGCAGCAGGUUUGUGCGCUGAUCUUGCUUCAGAAAUUUUAUCUGGACAUGCUAAAAAUGGUUUUGCUCUGGUUAGGCCUCCUGGUCACCAUGCUGGUAUAAGACAGGCCAUGGGGUUCUGUCUCCACAACAAUGCAGCAGUUGCUGCAUUGGCAGCUCAGGGUGUUGGGGCUAAAAGGGUUCUCAUUGUUGACUGGGAUGUACAUCAUGGAAAUGGCACACAAGAAAUAUUUGAUGGGAGCAAAACGGUCUUGUAUGUCUCCUUACAUAGGCAUGAGGGGGGGAAGUUCUAUCCCGGCACUGGCGCAGCUCAUGAGGUCGGUAGCAUGGGUGCAGAAGGAUAUUGUGUGAAUGUUCCAUGGAGUCGUGGAGGAGUUGGAGAUAAUGAUUAUCUUUUUGCAUUUCAGCACGUUGUCCUACCGAUAGCUUCUGCGUUCUCCCCUGAUUUCAUCAUCAUAUCAGCAGGGUUUGAUGCUGCUAGGGGUGAUCCCCUGGGUUGUUGUGAUGUAACCCCUUCCGGAUUUGCACAAAUGACACAUGCGUUGAAUGCUAUUUCUGGGGGAAAGUUGCUUGUUAUUCUUGAGGGCGGCUAUAAUCUCCGGUCAAUAUCAUCCUCUGCUACUGCAGUGAUUAAGGUCUUGCUUGGUGAAAGUCCUGGAUGUGAAGCGGAGAAUGCAGUGCCAUCUAAAUCUGGACUGCUAACUGUUAUGGAAGUCCUGAAAAUUCAGAUGAAAUUCUGGCCUACUCUGGAACCUGUCUUAUUAAAAUUGAACUUGCAGUGGGGCACAUACGCGCUUCCAAAUAGAAGUGAGUCUGAAAAAAAAGAGACAGCGGGCUGGAGUGCCGGUAUGGUGGCAGUGGGGGCAAAAACGGUGGCUGUAUCAUCUCUUAUCCGGGGACCUUCAUGUAAGAUUGAAGGGUGUUUGAGUAAUGUUUGUGUUAUAUUCUCAUGCAUCCUCAUCUUCUUUCUUUUGGGUAACUUAAUUGUAGUGUGUAUCGAUGUAUCCUAGAGUUUUUGUCCCUCCCUAUUAUGUGCUCUCCUGUACUGAGUUGACCUUGUUUAGCCCAUUUGGUGCUAAUGUUUAGAUGAUCAGUUCCACCA